CGUAGGUGGCAGAUUGCGCAGCAAGAAAGAAGCGUUGGUGAAGUCCCGGCUUUCUCUCUAGUGUAAAAGAAGUCUGACGUGAACGUUUCAUGAAACGCAAAGACCUUUCUUCAAGUGGAUAACUUAUCGCACUGAAAGUCGCAGAAUAUACAGCCGUGUGCAUGGUUAGCAAUUCGUACACGAAACGAAGAAGUUUCGAUUGUCCCGCAGAAUCGUUUUUUACCUUCCAAACAUCGCUUUGAUACGGUGGCCAUGCCUGAGAGUUGGUUUUGACGAAACUGCCCAUUUCCAAAAUGCAAUGUUUCUUGAAGUUCUCUUAUAGGCUGCAGUUCGCUUUUGCCUUAUUGCUUGCUUUCUCGGAAGUCGGAUUCGCCAGGAACGAAGGCUCGGUUGGGUGCCUCUUCCAGAAUGAAAUUUGUAAAGCGGAGACAGAAUGGUGCUACAAUGAUGAAAUAUUCGGCCAAUGUCUGUCAAUACAAACCGAAGCAUUUGAGCUGUCUCCAGCAUUGCACCGGAGCAUGAUUGGGGAAAAUGAACUAGCAGCCUUGGAAGUGGCUCUAACACAGCUAAAGCGGAAAGGUUACCAAUGGACAGACAGUGUGUCGCAGUGCGUCCUACAGCGUCUAAUACGUUCUUUAGCGAACAAGAACUCCGGUGCUCCAGACAUUUGCUCGAAGUUGCCCGACAACGGAAGAAACAAGGAAACUAGUAUGCCCUCCGUGGAAGACAAAGGACGCCGUCUGCGUGCAGGAAAAUAUCGCACCAAUCAAUAUCCCCUUCAAACAACCAGCAUUUACUUGAACCGGGAUGAACUACUUGACGUUAUAAACGCUAUGGAAGACGACCACUAUGAAACAAGCGGUAGCUAUAACGCCAUGCCGGACGAUACGAUGUUGGAGGAAUGGCCUGAUUCAUCGCAGAUGAAAGUCCCCACGGCUAGAAGUUCAACCAUAAAAGACAAUGACCAAUCUUCUGCCCAGUCGGAAAAAGACCUUUUUCCGUUGGACAACGAUAGAGACUACCAAAUCCUGAGCUUGCAGCAAGUCCUGUCAUCGGCAGCUGACCCUAGAACUUACCAUGAACGACCAGAAUCGGCCAUGCCCUUGGAUAGCGAAGAAGACUUUUUCAAUCUACCCUCUACUGAAAAUGCUCAUGCCAGUCCAAAAUUUGCUAGGCAAGAACGGUUGGACGUUAAAAAGCCCGGCCCAUGGUUUAACGUCAACAAUUACGCUUUUGAGAGCGAAGAAGAUGAUGACAACCGUGCAGCAAACAUCUGGAUACGUUCAAACGAAUCUCCUGACGUUGACGAAGAAGAAUUCAGAGAUUCAACGGUCAAUCGUGAUUUCCGAAAAAACAACUACAAGAUAACUCGGCGCAUGACUGAAACCGAUAAGUCUAUUCCCGUUCAACGUCUGAUAGAAAUACUGAACAGCGAGACAAAUGACGGCCAUUCCGUUUCGAUGGAUGGAAUUGAACCACAACGCUUUAAAGGAACUAACACCUUCAAGACGAACAGAGCAACUGGAAAAAUGGAAGCUAAAGCAACAAAAACGGAAAACGAAUCUAACAAGGAAAUGGAUUUAAUACCAUCCGAUUCAUGGGACCGAGAUAUUUUGGAUGCAAACCAUGUUUUUAUAACCAUCAAAGGACAAUUCAAGAGUUGGAGACAAGGUGCGGGAUUGGUGAAUGUUCUAUGUGAUCUUUUAAAAGUUCCACAUACUACCUUAACCAACGUUAGUGUGCAGACGAAUAAGGUAACAUUCCAAGUAUCGGAAAAAGGAAAUAAUCUGAAUUCCUGGUUGGUGGCUUCGAAAGCAGAUCAAAUGCGUCACAAGAUACAGGAAAUAACUGGGCUUGAAGUGGAAACGACUGGCGUCGGGGAUCAAACUAGUGUGUCGAGUGUCCUUAAUUGGGGACGAGAGAACCAACAGAUGCUACUGUCCGUUGGCUUGUGCAUCCUGACGGCCACCAUUGUUGUCGCUGUCGUAGUCAUCUUGCUUGUGCGGAACCGCCACAUCGCCCGUCAGAAAAUCAAGGAUCUCACAAAUUCCGCUGAUAGCGAAGCAACACACGAUUAUCAGGACCUGUGCCGGGCUCGCAUGGCAACCAAAUGCGCUACCCCUGAACCGAGCAAGGAUUCACCAAAAACGCCGCGAGGGCUGUUGUCACGUGACUCGGAAUCCUCUCGAUCCAGCACAUCUUCAUGGUGUGAGGAACCCGUUUUGACCAACAUGGAUAUUUCAACGGGCCACAUGGUUUUGUCCUACAUGGAAGACCAUCUUCGAAAUAAAUUCCGCUUAGACCAAGAAUGGCAAGCUCUUUGCUCCUACGAGGCUGAACCUUCUACCGGCGCCCUCAUCGCAUCCAAACCGGAAAAUAAUGGGAAAAACCGCUUCAGUGAUGUUCUACCUUACGAUCAUUCGCGUGUGGUGUUAAACGUUUUAGCCAAUACUUCAGGAUCGGACUACAUAAAUGCAUCGUCUAUCACUGACCACGAUCCAAGACAUCCAGCGUACAUAGCUGCCCAAGCACCGCUCGCCGAAACAACGUCGGAUUUUUGGCAAAUGAUCUGGGAACAAGGAAGUGUGGUCCUGGUCUUAUUGACUAAAGUCGUUGAAAACGGACAGGAACUAUGUCAUAAAUAUUGGCCUGAGGAGGGGUCUCAACUCUACCACAUUUACGAGGUCCAUCUUGUAAGCGAACACAUUUGGUGCGACGACUAUCUUGUUCGUUCAUUUUAUCUGAAAAACAUUCGCACUGGCGAAACGAGAACGGUCACUCAGUUUCACUUUCAAUCAUGGCCAGAAAACGGCGUUCCUUCAUCAACUAAAGCUUUACUUGAAUUCAGAAGAAAGGUCAACAAAUCCUAUCGCGGCCGUUCAUGCCCUAUUGUCGUUCACUGUGGCGAUGGAGCUGGAAGAACUGGAACUUAUUGUUUGAUAGACAUGGUACUUCAUCGAAUGGCUAAGGGGGCUCGUGAGAUCGACAUUGCUGCUACUCUAGAACAUCUGCGUGAUCAGCGUCCACACGCCGUGCGAACUAAGCAACAGUUUGAAUUUGUUCUUACCGCUGUGGCUGAAGAAGUACAUGCAAUCCUACGAGCACUACCGCAAUAGGCUGAGGAUAAACAAUUAACGCAAAUUAUAAUUGUAUGGGCCAAACUUCUAUCAUAGUAUAUUGAAAACGAAAUUCAGCUGCCCAUUGAAUUUCUUAGUCUACUUGGGUUAUAAUGUUUCAUACCAGUCUAAUGAACCUUCUGAGUGUCCGCCAAAUUCCUUCUAUUACCAUCCAACUAUUAUUCCCUUGUCAAAUCAUAAGGGUUAUCGUAAUCGUAAUAAUCAAAUCUUAAAGGAUUCACAGCCCUUCCGUUGUGAACCGUUCAUCGAUCUCCUGAUUAACUGGCUACUGAGAAAUCAUCCUUUCAUCAAUCCACAACUUACAGAUAUUUUUAUUUUUCCUGUUUCAAUUUUUUGGUUUUUACCCCAUCGUGCCGAAUUUCUUGAUUACAAUCUAGUUAGUGGGUUGAAAACAUUUGCGAUCUUUCUAACUGCGUUGAGGCGUGUUAAGCAGAUCACAGAGGGCUGAGUCAGGUACAAACGUAGAAUAAUAAGGAAAACCGAAAACCCUCCACCAUCAGAGUAGGAACAUAACAGACAACAUUUUUGGCUUUCAAGAAUAAAAUGGAAUGUGUAUGGCAGCAAAUCACGGUUCUAGCUAGUAAUUGUCGGCAGAUGACAAUCUUUAUUACUUAAUCGAAAAUGCCGCAAGCUACAUGGCAUCAUUAGAAAAAACAAA